UAUAAACAUACACCAGUAGAGGCCGCCACACACCUCAUUUAAUAAAGACAUAGGAGCCAUUAAAUACCUUGAAGGAAGACUUCAAAGGUGAGAGUCAAACUUCCCAAGUAAGUUCUCUGCAAAUUCAAGGCAGCAGAGACAAAUGUAUACAUUACUUUCUAUUUCUUUUAGGAUUAAAGGUUAGGGUCAGAAUCCUUCUCAAUUUUCACAUUUUCAGACAAAGCAGCGUUUUCCUCUUCAGUUUAUUGAAGCGUUAAUGGGGUGCUAUCACAUCAUGUGCUAUUUGCAUUUCCGAAUCGAUUAGUAAGUCCCUAACCCCAAGACAGCACGCAUCUUGCUUCUUCUGCCUUCUUGAGGCAUGUGUUACUUGAAUUUUUCCUUGUCAGCUUGAGCAAGCCUUUCUUUUUGGUCUUAGCAUUAAAAUGAUUUUAACUAACCUAGUCUAUAUAACAUUUCUGAAGCCUUAUUAGCCUGUAAAUAAUUUUCAGAUGCAAACAUUAUUGUGUGAUUUAAACAAACAGCCCUUCUUUACAACAAAAAAUAGUUUUGUUUUGUCUAUUGUAAAUCCUUAUGCAACUGGGAUGGUGAUCUGCAUAUAAAGUAGUCCAGCUUUUCAAAUCCUUAUUAAAGCAAUUGAUGGCGUCUGAAAGAAGCACACUGUUUCCUUUUCAUAAAUAGGUUACUGCACAUAAUAAUCCUUUAUUAUCAUGUGGAGAUUGAAGUGGAUCCUGAUAUCUUACUUUUAAAGCUUUAAAAUGACCAAUAGUAUGUUGUCUGUCACUAUAAACAAUUCAUGUGAUAGGCUUUCAAUUAGAAAUUACUUAAAUCCAAAUUAUUUGGAUUAAUAACUACUGGUACAAAAUAGUUAUUUUUUUUAACAAUAGAAGGUAAUUGUGUAUAUAUAAAUGUAAAGGGCAUUCAGGAAAAAAUGCCUCUAACAAGCUAAAAUCUCUGAAUAAAUACAGUGACAAGCUAACGUGUUCAUUCUUUGAUUAGAGAUCAUAAUUCCUCUUAAAUCUAUUAGAUCAAAGAUGAAAAUGGUGGGCUGAAAUGAUCUACAAGAUAGUUCAUGUACAGAGAUUUUACAUUUCAUAGAAGAGGAGCAAGAGUAUUACGCUAGUUGAACUUGGAGAUAGCUCCUGGAAACCAUUUUCUCUCUCCUCUUUGAGUGAAGUACUUAUAUAUAUUAUAUGUAUAAAAGAGUUUCAAAAACCCUCUUGUGGCUGCUCUCAUUUGGUGCAAUGAUAAAUACAGAAUACAGAGGUAUGUAUUUUGGGAAGUGAUUAUGAAGGCAAAUUUAGUAUAUAUAUUCUAUUAAAGAUAGUUUUUAGGUUUAAACUAUGUGACUAGAACUAUUGACGUAGUGAUUCCACUUCAGUGUUUGUUCUUAUUCUCCAGAAAGUAAAGUCAUUCCUGUAAAAUACCAUUAUCCAUAGAAAAACUAAUUCAUUAAUCUUAAAUAGAGAUAGCUUAAUAUUCAUUUAGUUACAUGAUUUUAAAGAGGCCUCCUGGAAGAACAAUUCAUAAACUCUUUCGCUUCAUAAUUAUGGUUUAAUUCUAGAUUCUCAUGCUUCUUAGAUUUGUACUUUAUUAGUAUUAGAUUUUAAGGUGACAUUGUUUGAAUGUGGUCCAGACUAUUUCAUCUAAAGGCAUAAUACACCAUAUACUUUGAAGCUUUAUUUUCUAAUGCAAUCACAAACACUGAGUUUACUAACUUAUUAGCAUACCCACUGACUAUUUGUUUUGUUUUAUCCACUCAAGUGCUUUCAAACAUAUUUUAUUUUAGGAUUUUUAUUUUUAUCUCCUACAGCUGGAUUUUGCUAUUUCACUUUUAUUUCACAUGCAGCUUGAAAUGGUAUGAGCAUCAGCACAGCGAAAUGGUUCCAGCCAACAGAAUGCGAUCUCCCCUGGCCCUGCCUGGAACAGAUCUAUAUGUCUGGCCCUACAAAUGACAAAUGGUAAUUCCCUUUGAUUCUAGUUCUUAAUUAGUUUCUUUCACUGUUUCUGAAUAUACCUGUGGCUAAGUUUGUAUUGAAACACUCAAAAGCACCACUUCUCAGUCUGGACACAAAUGCCAAGAGUCUAAUUUGGUUCUGGACUUUGUUCAACCUGUGUGCCUUGUUAGUUUCCUCCAGCAGUUGGUGAGUAAGGAAAUGACCCUUCAAUAUCCUCUGCUUUGUCCUCUGACCUCUAAGGUGAUUUAAUUUUUCUAAAUAUUUCCAUGUCAUCAAGGGCUCAAUAUUUUAUGGAUUUUACAAAAAGUGUAUAAGGAACGAUAGCGAGGUUCUGUGAUUUUUCAGACUCUGAAAAUUCAUUUUAAUUGUACACCUUCCAGAAAUAUACUGGAUUGGAUGCUAGAGUGAAGAAAGCCUUCCAGACAAUUCUCCCAAUCCAAUCAUUUCAUUCAUUAAUUCAUUAAAUAAAUAUUUAUUGAGUUCUUACUUCCUAGGUGCCAGGCUCUAUACUGUGUGCUGAGGGGGCACAGAGAUACAGUAGACAGGAUCUCUGCCCCACUCCUCCCCUCAGACCCUCCGCAGUGAGCAUAGUGCUAAUAAAGGAGAACCUUAUCUGAAUGACAAUCACCCAGAGUAAAAGGUGGGAACAGUAAUGAAGUACAGGAAGUUGGGUUUUUAAAGGUGAUUCUGUGCAAUGAAGUAUAAAACUGGUAUAUCAUCAAUAGACUAGCUACAAUGUAACCACCAUUAACAUCUCUUUAGAGUUACACAGCUAAAAAGGAAAAAAACCCACAAACAUAAAAUAAAGUAAAAUAAAACAAAUUUCUGCAGAAUAGGGCCCAAUAUUAUGGCCUGAAGAUAGCUAUAUACUUGUGCUAUCUAAAGAUCUACAUUGUAAAGAUGAGUCCCAAAAUUGUAAAUACAAAAUCACAAAUGUACUUCAACUUUCUGGAAUAUCCAUAUUUUAGAGGCAAUAUUUACUUUAUAUUUCAGUGGUUUAAAAGAUAACAUUCUGGCUUAAGUGUCUUUUACCGAUACAAUAAGACAUUAACCUAAAUCCUGAGAGAGAAAAUUAAGUAUUGUAUAUAGGUGUACUUUGCUUCUCCCAAUGGUUGUGCAAAAAGUCACGUGUAAAUUGAAGUUUUGUAAAUCAAGUUGUAUUUUAAAUGCAUUAGGGGAGCUGCCAUUUAGAGGAAACUUGUGAAUCCUUUUAUAAAGCAGAAAACCAUUUUAUAAUACAAGUAAUCACUCUCUAACUUCUCUGUUUUGUAUGUUUGGAUUUUCAAUACCGACUUCGCUUAAAACAGAGCCCACCUGCAUAAUGAGUGUGUUUUGCCAAUGCCGCUUGUGCUACCAGUAUCUUGGUUGCUAAGGGCUUAUACUUGAAAAUCUGCUGCAGUUUUGUGCGAAUUGAGCUACCAAGCAAUUCUAUGACGGCGCAGCAGCAUUCCUGAACAGUCUGAGUAGGUAACCCAUUUCAACUCAAUUGAACACAGGACUCUUCUGCUCAGCAGCGUCUCCUCGCUCAGAUGUGGCCAUGUUUCAUUAGAGGGUAGAGUGACUCCUGUAUUCACAUCCAAUAAAGUGCUUAGAGUCACAGGUUUUAUAAUAAAUAUGUUAUUAUGUAAACAUAUUGAAUUGCAUGUGUGUUGGAAUUUUUUAGCAGUAUUUUAGCUUGAAAAUACUUGUACCAAUACUGUUAGAUUUAGUCGCAAAUAACUGUUCUCAAGUUAUUGGAAUAAAUGGCAAAUUAAACAAGCUCUCGUGUAAAUAGACUUCUGUGCCAAAUAGUGACAUUGUUUCAAAAAAUGAAUGUCAUAUUUUGGGCUAUUAAUAGGCAAAAUGAAAUACUGCAAAUUGA